UACCCUGGUGUUACCAUGUGUUUUCUUUUUGACAGUACUGUGGUGUUAGCAUCUAAUACCACGACUGUACAAUUGUACAUUGUUAGCAAAGUUAUCCAUGCACUGAUUGUCUCUGGUUGUGUUUUGCAGGAUGACAAGCUGAACGCUCUGAUCAAAGCCGCCGGUGUGUCCAUCGAGCCCUUCUGGCCCGGUCUCUUCGCUAAGGCUCUGGCCAGCGUUGACAUCGGCAGUCUGAUCUGUAACGUUGGAGCCGGUGGUGGAGCCGCUCCGGCCGCCGCCGCUGCUGCUGCCGCUCCUGCAGGUGGAGACGCACCAGCCAAGCAGGAAGAGAAGAAAGAGGAGAAGAAAGAAGAGUCUGAGGAGUCUGAUGACGACAUGGGCUUCGGUCUGUUCGAUUAAAGCAGCUCUUUUAAUAAAAACAUCGAAACUGUCAA